CGCUUUAUUUACAAAAUCAGAUGACAGCAACUGCUUCGAUAACAAAGAAUGAUUCACAGCUAGAGUCAGAAUUUUAGUUGAUUGUACCUGAUCCCAUCAUUCCCUAAACGCCUCAACGCUUGAUUUGGAUUAAAAUUGAAUUUUCCUCAAAUUCGUUUGCGAAGUAGAGGAAUUCACCAUGGAGUGGUUGUUUGGGCGAAGAAUGACUCCUGAGGAGAUGCUGAGGAAAAAUCAGCGGGCCCUGAACAAGGCAAUGCGCGACCUGGACAGGGAAAAGGCACGAAUGGAGCAGCAGGAGAAGAAAAUCAUCAUGGACAUAAAGAAAAUGGCAAAGGAAGGACAAAUGGAAUCUGUGAAAAUCAUGGCCAAGGACCUGGUGCGGACGAGACGGUACGUCAAGAAGUUCAUGCUGAUGAAGGCAAACAUCCAGGCCGUGUCACUUAAAGUGCAGACCUUGCGGUCUCAGAACGCCAUGGCUGAGGCCAUGAAAGGCGUCACCAAAGCCAUGCAGAACAUGAACCGACAGCUGAACCUGCCGCAGAUCCAGAAAAUCCUGCAGGAGUUUGAAAAGCAGUCUGAAAUUAUGGACAUGAAGGAGGAAAUGAUGAAUGACGCCAUCGAUGACGCCAUGGAGGAUGAGGGAGACGAGGAGGAAAGCGACGCUGUGGUUUCACAAGUGCUGGAUGAGCUAGGCUUGCAGCUGACGGACCAACUUUCAGGGCUGCCUGAAGCAGGUGGCUCCCUUGUGGCGCCAAAGGGAAAAACAGCCGUCCCUGCGGCCGCCGGGCCUGUUUCUGACGCCGACGCAGAUUUGCAGGCAAGACUAGAUAAUCUGCGCCGAGAGUAACUGUCCACGGCCGCUUACUUAUUAUUAUGCUGAGAUUUUUGGCAAUCUUAGCUCUUCAUUUCUUCAUUCAAAAGAUCGCUUGUCAAAAAUACGAAAUGGUUCGACCAAAGACUAUUGAUUAUUCCGCUGCCAAUUUGUUGAACACUAAAUAUUAUUGUAAAUUAUGAGCUAACUAAUAUAUGUUAAUAAAUUUUAAUAAGAAAUCA